ACAAAGCCGUUCAAUCAGAGGGAGACGAUCAAAGUGAUAGUCGCUUUUCGCUACAAAACACAACUGAUCGAUCUUACUGGAUGGCAAGUGCCUACAUGGACGUCACGCUUUUGUUGUGGUUAUUGGUGUCACGCUGUUUUCUGUCGCUUGGAUCAUAGUUGUACCUUAGGGCAAUAAUUUUUUCUCGAAGCUAAACCUCGAGUCGUCUUGGGAAAAUGUAAACGUUUUUAGGCAAAAAUGUACUCUUUAAAUCGAACAGAAUCGUGGAUGGGAGAAAACAUGUCCAGCUAUCGACUUCACGUUGGUGUAUUCUUGAGACCCCACUUGUUCUUUGUGAGUUUCAAUGAGUUUGAUUUUGCUAAUCGAUGUCAAUAAUAACUUACUUCUUCGCCGUCAGAAUACUUGUCAAAGACUAAGAGGUUGAUUGCGUAAUUUACAAACAACGCUCAGACGGAGAUUUGACUGGCUGCCUCACCCUACCAGCUUAAACCUGAAAAAAGGAUUCUGCGAGAGUCUCUUUGCCGAGUUGGAUAACACCGCGAAUAAGCCGAUGCAAUACGUUGACCAGAAAGACAAGACUUUGCAUAUGUAAAUUAUUACCGAGACGACUUGGCCGCGACUUCCACAUAUUGAAUCAAAGUUCAGCUUCCUGGCUUUGAAGUUAUGGCCCGAGAUGAUCCAUUGCUCGGAUCUGUAGAAUCUACAUUUAUCUAGCGUCGGUUGAAUCUACACAAGCUACGGCAAACGUGCGAGAUUUCAAUCAAUUUGCACAUUAGCAGUUCCAAUUGUCAAGUACACUGUUAUUCAUAGCACUACCAUCAUGGCUUACAGGACAAAUUUCAGUCGUGGUUAUGUCGUCGAAUAUAGUCCACCCUGCUUCGAAAGUUGGCUUCUUCUACCGGCAGAAAACCUUUGGAACGAUGGCAUUCGUGGAUUUCUUUACAUUUUAGGGAUGCUCUACUUGUUCCUGGGCAUCGCCAUAGUAGCCGACAUAUUCAUGAGUUGUAUCGAAGUUAUCACAAGUAAAAAGAGAAAAGUGACUCGUUAUGACCACGAGAAAGGCGAAAGUGUCGAGAUCGAAGUCUUCGUUUGGAACGAGACCGUAGCAAACUUGACUCUUAUGGCGCUUGGGUCGUCUGCGCCGGAGAUUCUACUCGCCGUUGUUGAAACGGGACAAGAGCUUGCGCUAGGACAGACCACUGCAACAGACGGUCUAGGGACCUUUACAAUCGUCGGUUCCGCUUCGUUCAACCUCCUUUUGAUCACUGCCGUUUGCGUUGUGAGCGUACCUAACGGUACAGUGAAACGAAUCCGCGAGUUUGGAGUAUUUGUCGUUACGGCGGUGUGGUCAAUGUUUGCAUACGUCUGGAUGUUGUUCGUGAUACAGUGGAACAGUCCUGAAGUCAUUGAGCUUUGGGAGGCCUUUAUGACCUUAGCUUUUUUCCCCCUACUCGUGCUGACAGCCUGGUGUACGGACCAUGGGUGGUGGUGUAGAAACAGAGGCAAGAUCCUAAGCGUGGAUCCACCCCAGGGUUCAAAGGCUGAUUUACAAGACAACUCGUUACUCACUGUUCGCGUAUUAGGGUUUACGGAUGCACCUUCGAGUCACGCCAUGAUCCACCGGUCAAUGGAGCUGCGAGCCCUCGAACAGCACAGGGGCAGUGUAAGCGAAAAGGACUUGAGAAACCUGACGAAAAGUAGAGACAAGCUCAGGGACGUAGUUACGUUAUGGCGUGGACAGAAGCCUGACGAGAACUCCAACCAGACCGCUGAACACGUAGUGCUGGCGCUGCAACACUUGAAACAGUCGCAGGCGCAACCACAGAAUGCGGCCACCACGCGACUCAGGUUUCGUCACGCGGCCCUACGCAGUGUCACGCGGAGUAAAAAAUUGAUCAAAAUUAACGAAGGCGAGGACGUGGAAGGUCAAAAGGCGCUGAAUGUCUUGACACGCUCUUUCGUUGGCUCACGUCUGCUGAAUGCACCCGAUGAUAACUUGAACAGAUUUGUUUUCGGGACGUCAUCGUAUUCUGUGUUAAAGAGCGCCAAGCACAUAGACUUGGAAAUAAUUCUCCUACAAAACAACAACAACAAUAAAAAAUCCCAAGGACUGGUAUCAGCUCUACCCGCUCCUUACGACCCGGUCACGCCCAUAGAUGACGCCAGAUUCGGAAAACUCAAUGUGCCCACCAUGACCCCUGUAAACGAGACUAACGGUGCUAUUCCAGUCCAUAAGAGCAAAGAAAUGAUCUACGCUCACAAUGACUCGAUAGCUGACACAAUAAGUGAGAACAGCUUUGAAGAUGGCGUGACACCAUCGUCCCCAGGCUCCUCGCAGCGCUUCAGUGUGGACUACGAGACACAUGACGGGAGCGCCAAGAAUGGCAAAGAGUACCAGACAGUCAAGGGAACCAUGGCAUUCCGCGCAGGUAUCAACAAGCACAUCCUUAGAAUUCCCAUCCUGCCCUGCGAGGACUUCUCCAAAAACAAAGACUUCUACGUGUUGCUGAAGAACCCCUCCCCUGAGGGGAUUACAGACCUCGGCGAACCUAAUCUCACCCGUAUUACCAUCAUCGAUGACGAUAUGCCGGGGGAGUUCUCGUUCGAGCAGGCCAGCUACCACGCUAAUUUCGUGACGGGGGAGGCAACGUGCACCGUCGUACGGCGAAAAGGAUGUGAUGGGACUGUUACGCUCAAGUAUCACACCAUGAAUGGGACGGCGAAAGGCGGUACCAAGAACGAACUUGAGGCAAAGACGUGUGACUAUGAGCAAGUGACCGACGGUCUGUUGACAUUUCAUCACGGCGAAAUGUCCAAACAUAUCACGGUCAAAAUCAACACCGAGACACAGGAUACAAACUUCGUUGUUCUGUUACAUGACCCAAGUACUGGCGCUCGUAUAGGAAAUAGAACUGCGACAGUGGUUCACAUCUCAAGUGAUGUGGACGAUAUCGUGGACAGAGUGGCUAACAUCAUCACAUCUCAGGACGAACAAAGCUUGUCGAAAACAUGGCGAUCCCAGUUUGAGGAUGCGAUGAUUAUACAAGGUGACGAAGACAAGGAUGGAAAUGAGCUGCCUUUGAACUCGAUAGAUUUUAUCAUGCAUUUUCUUACGUUCUUUUGGAAAGUUCUAUUCGCAUUUAUUCCACCGAGACCAUUACUCGGCGGAUGGCCGGCGUUUGUGGUUUCACUUCUUUUUAUUGCCGCUCUCACAGCAGUCAUAGAGCAGCUCGGAAAGCUGCUAGGCUGUGUGGUGGACCUCAGAAACAGUGUUACGGGGAUCACCAUCAUCGCCAUUGGCACUAGUCUGCCAGACACCAUGGCUAGCCGCUCAGCGGCGUUACAAGAUACCGGCGCUGAUGCUGCUAUUGGCAACAUCACUGGUAGCAAUAGUGUCAACGUGUUCCUUGGUCUUGGGUUGCCAUGGGUGAUGAGUACUUGUUAUCACGCCGCCCGUGGUACUGUGUACAAGGUGUCCAGCGGUAAUCUGGCUUUUUCUGUCUUGGUCUUCGCAUUGUGCGGUGGUGUUUGUCUCUUCUUGCUGGUUCUAAGAAGAUAUCUGUACAAAGGUGAACUCGGAGGACCGACAUUAUCGAAAUGGAUGACGGGAUUGCUGCUUCUGUUCCUUUGGUUUAUCUACGUCGUGUUAUCCAGUCUCAUGGCCUACGGCCACAUAUCAGGGAGUCUAUGACGUCACUUCCGCUUCUACCUUCAAUGACGUCUCCCUUAUACGUCACUUAAGCUAUGUCGUCACGUCUUGGAGCCGAGAGGCCAAUAAGAUGGCAAGCAAUUCAUCUAAAGACACGCCAAUCGAUGAUGACAUCACUCAAGGAACGAUGUAAUGUGUGACGUCAUUUUGAGAAAACCAGAGUAAGCUUUUGUGGCAAGAUACUUUAUUUAUGAAGUUAUUUAAAAAAUUGAAAGGUCGUUUAAAGCAAGUGCUUAGAAACCUAACUGCAUGUGGUUUUAAAUGAAAAAUCCUCUUCGAGUGGUAUGAUUCGUUGGUAUCAACAAUAGACAGUGAGUCCACUUGUAGAGGAGACCGCACAAGUUUAUAGUGUGAAAACAAGAACAACCCUUGUAAAUAAUAUGAAUAUGUCUCGCUUAAAGAGCCGUUGUCAGCCACACCUUUGUUAUUGUUUUUAUUUAAUACUGCAAGGCGCCUAGCGCCUAAUUGAAAGCUCGAAAUAGUUAUCCGAAAACGAAGUUUAAUACUUUAUUUACCAAAUUCAAUCGGAAAUACCGCAUUGGCUUCGCUAAAUCAGCCGAUGGAAAUGUAUGCUAUUCCACACUUGGUACUUUGCUAGGAUGACAAAAUGGCGGCUAACAGAGGCUUUUUAAGGGGGACUGGGCAUAGGUUCACGUAUUGAGAAAAUUGUGGGAUCGCUUGGUGGACAAGGUAGAUACCUUUGUUAUGUUCCGAUCCCACAAUCCCUUUCUGGAUUCUCAAAUCAUUUCUCACACUUAUUUUGCAAUCAUAGAUAUAUCUUAUUACAGGAAGUUAACGCCAAACUUUAUUGUUACAAAUCGUAGUAACUGGUGUUUAUUUGGCUAGCCCCCGAUUCGUGUUUAUUAUAUUCACCUUUCCUAGUAUUUCCCACAAGUCUUUGCGCGCUUGAAACUGAUUUCAGGUGUCAAAAUUGUUAACAAGAUGUCAAAGUUUGUUUCUAUCCUCGGUUUCACGCGCGCAACGCGAAGAUUUGUGGGAAGGUGUGGGGAAGGUGGAUUGGCAUCAAUACACGUCAAUCAUGGGCGUUAAUUUCGUGUAGUAAAGAAAUCAUUAUUUGGCAUUCAUUCUCCAUUGAAUUUUUGCUGUAGCAAGAAUCACCAAUUUUUCAUUUUCCACACAUUUUUUUUAGAAUGACCAAAACAUUAAAAUCAGAUGGGUUUCCAAAUAGUGUCUGCACAAUUGACGUAAAACCCACAAGAUAAAAAAAAAAAAAACAUUUUGUAAUAAAUAAAAAAAGUAUUUCACAAAAGUACUAUACAUUCGGUUCUAUUACCAGCCAACGUCAGGCGGUUAUAAAGUCCUCCGCCCGUACCGCGGGCUCACGGAAACGGCUUGUAAUCGAACCUAGGGUACAUAUAGAGGUGACAGACACUAAAUACUUAUGUAGAACGGAAUAAAACUUCAUCCGGUGAUGUCUAAAUAUUAGUGAGAUAUCGGGGCACAACGCAUCCCUGGCCUUGCUUGCAACUAACAGUUUAACUGUAUAACCAGCAGCAGCAUAUAUUUAACCAGCCUAGUUCUAUGUGCCCCUACCCGACGUUUUGUGACGUCAUAGGGUGAACUCCUAUAAGAACACCUGGCAUUAGGCUGGGUUUAUAACAUUGAACCUCGAUUCUCGAGGCUUGGGUGAAAACCACGUGUUUUUUUAUUAGCACUGUUUCCUAUAUUUAAUAGAGCAUUUUUGCUCGGGAUGUAAAUACUAAAAUUUUAAUUUCAAGAUUGGAAAUAGAGUGAAAUAUUUAAUAUAUUGAAUAAAGCGAAGGAGCUUGGUGUACCUCAAA